GAGUCUUGACUGGAGGCGGGGCUCGUGGUGUCCCACUGGAGCGCGGGGUGUCCGGCGGCCGUGGCUAUGUUUGUGUCCGAUUUCCGCAGGGAGUUCUAUGAGCUGGUCCAGAGCCAGAGGGUCCUGCUCUUUGUGGCCUCGGACGUGGAUGCUCUGUGCGCUUGCAAGAUCCUUCAGGCCCUUUUCCAGUGCGAUCACGUACAGUACACGCUGGUCCCGGUUUCUGGGUGGCAAGAACUCGAAACUGCCUUUCUUGAGCAUAAAGAACAGUUCCGUUAUUUUAUCCUUAUAAACUGCGGCGCCAACGCAGACCUGCUGGAUAUCCUGCAGCCAGACGAACACUCUGUAUUCUUCGUGUGUGACAGCCACAGACCUAUCAAUGUCAUCAACGUGUACAAUGACACCCAGAUCAAGUUGCUCAUUAAGCAAGAUGAUGACCUCGAAGUGCCCGCCUACGAGGAAAUCUUUAGGGAUGAUGAAGAGGAUGAGGAGCACUCGGGGGAGGACAGCGACGACCAAGGGGCAGAAGAACCUUCUGGAAAGCGCUUGCGCUUAGAGGAGGAGAUAAUAGAGCGAACUACGAAGAGGAGGCAGCGGAGAGAAUGGGAGGCCCGGAGGAGAGACAUCCUCUUCGACUACGAGCAGUAUGAAUAUCACGGGACAUCAUCGGCCAUGGUGAUGUUCGACCUGGCAUGGACAAUGUCCAAGGACCUGAACGACAUGUUAUGGUGGGCCAUCGUGGGACUAACAGACCAGUGGGUGCAAGACAAGAUCACACAGAUGAAGUACGUGACCGACGUUGGCAUCCUACAGCGUCACGUGUCCCGGCACAACCACCGCAACGAGGAUGAGGAGAAUACCUUAUCCGUGGACUGUACACGCAUCUCCUUCGAGUAUGACCUCCGCCUAGCCCUCUAUCAGCACUGGUCCCUGCACGACAGCCUGUGUAACACGAGCUACACUGCGGCCAGGUUCAAGCUCUGGUCGGUGCACGGGCAGAAGAAGCUCCAGGAGUUCCUGGCAGACAUGGGACUUCCUCUGAAACAAGUGAAGCAGAAGUUUCACUCCAUGGACAUGGCCUUGAAGGAGAAUUUACGAGAAAUGAUCGAAGAGUCUGCAAAUAAAUUUGGGAUGAAGGACAUGCGUGUACAGACCUUCAGCAUCCACUUUGGGUUCAAACACAAGUUCUUGGCCAGUGACGUGGUCUUUGCCACCAUGUCUCUGAUGGAGAGCCCCGAGAAGGAUGGCUCGGGGACGGAUCACUUCAUCCAGGCCCUGGACAGUCUCUCCAGGAGUAACCUGGACAAGCUGUACUACGGCCUGGAACUCGCCAAGAAGCAGCUGCGUGCCACCCAGCAGACCAUCGCCAGCUGCCUCUGCACCAACCUCGUCAUCUCCCAGGGCCCCUUCCUCUACUGCUCCCUCAUGGAGGGCACCCCAGACGCCGUACUCUUCUCAAAGCCUGCGUCCCUGAGCCUGCUCAGCAGACACCUGCUCAAAUCCUUUGUGUGUUCGACAAAGAACCGGCGCUGUAAGCUGCUGCCCCUGGUGAUGGCCGCCCCCUUGAGUGUGGAGCAUGGCACAGUGACCAUGGUGGGCAUCCCCCCAGAAACGGACAGCUCGGACAGGAAGAACUUCUUUGGGCGAGCGUUUGAGAAGGCUGCGGAAAGCACCAGCUCCCGGACACUGCACAACCAUUUUGACCUCUCAGUAAUUGAACUCAAAGCUGAAGACCGGAACAAGUUCUUGGACGCCCUCGUCUCCCUCCUGUCCUGAGAAAUUGGUGUCUUCAGAUCCGACCUCUUCCUCCUUAUUUAUAUGAAUUGACUUUCUUUAGAGGGUUUUAUGGGUGGAGUUUGAGUAGG